AUGUUCCGCCCAACCUUCCUCGGCCUCGUCCGGGCCACCGCCGUCGCCCAGCCCGCAACCCGCGCUGCCGUCCUUCCCUUCUUCCAGCCCCGAUUCUACUCUGCCGUCGCCGAGUCGCAACCAACAACAACGACGACGACGACACCAAUCCAGCCCACACAACCCACCACCACACCUAUCCAGACCACUCAGACCGCCGCCGCCGCUGCGCCAACAGAAUCGAAACCCGUGCCCAAGCCCUACCUAGUAGGCCGCGCCUGGACCCAGCGCCUGCCCGUCUACCACCUCGCCAAGCGCGGUGGUAACAAGAAGCUCACGCAGAUCAAGAAGGUGCAGGGCGAUGGCCAGGCUUUGCGCAGGGAUCUUGCGCAGCUCCUUGGGUUGGACGUGAAGGAGGUGCGGGUCAAGGUGCCGACGGGACAUUUGGAGGUUGAUGGACACCGCAGCGCGGAGAUCACCAAGUUCCUCCAGGGCUUGGGCUUCUAG